UGGGUGGAACCUCAUUUCCGGCGGAAAGAAAGGUUGUCUGCACUGCUGCCUCACUUGCCUCUUUCUUUUCGGCGCCAUCAUGGGUCGUAUGCACGCUCCCGGAAAGGGUUUGUCUCAGUCGGCCUUGCCUUACAGGAGAAGUGUGCCUACCUGGCUGAAACUUACUUCUGAUGAUGUCAAAGAGCAGAUCUACAAGUUGGCAAAGAAGGGCCUGACACCCUCACAAAUUGGUGUAAUACUGAGGGACUCGCAUGGUGUUGCCCAAGUUCGUUUUGUGACUGGUAAUAAAAUUCUGAGAAUUCUUAAAUCCAAGGGACUUGCCCCUGAUCUCCCAGAAGAUCUUUACCACUUAAUCAAGAAAGCAGUUGCUGUCCGCAAGCAUCUUGAGAGGAACCGCAAGGAUAAAGACGCCAAGUUCCGACUCAUUUUGAUUGAGAGCCGAAUUCAUCGGCUGGCUCGUUACUACAAGACUAAGAGAGUACUCCCACCUAAUUGGAAGUACGAAUCAUCCACGGCUUCUGCUCUGGUCGCAUAAAAAUUCUUGUAACAACCAUGGGAAUCUAAACACCUACAUCUUGUAAUCGUGUUAUGCCUGCUUCAAAGUGAUGUCAUUGGUUUCUUAUUUAAAAUUGGACGGAUAAGUUAACACGUUUACUACCCCAAUAAAGCCUCCGAUUUUUUUUCCA